CGGAGCUGUUCCUACCAGAAAGUUUGAUCAUGUGCACAAGAAAUAUAUUUCCGUUCUUAAUUUGUCGAGCAUAAUAUUUAGGAGUUUGGUUAACUGACGACCUUAAAGUGAAAGAACAUAUAGAGUAGGUGACAAGGGAUUUCAGGGGAAAGAUUAGUAUGUUAUGGAACGUAAAGGAUUUCAUACGUAAGGUAAGUAGAAAGUUGGUGUUUGAUUGGCAAGAUCAAUCUACACUGGGCUGUCAUUGUGCAUCUUUGUUUAAAUUCACUCCCCUGCCUGGCCCUAAGUUGGCACACCCAAUUUUCCGCACACUGACCGCUCUCAUGAGAAAUUCAUUGCGGACAGCCAAUUGUUCGUCAUUGCGCAGUAGAGCUCCAAAACUCGUCAUCGGGAAUGACUGACCUGUGUAGAUUGAUCUUGAUAAUUCGUUAAUUGCAUCAAAACUGAACUAUUGCAUUUCCUUUCUGGGAGAGGCAAAUAGUAAAGAACUCAAGGACUUGCAUAAAGGACAAAUUUCGGCGAUGAGAUAUAUACUAGGGUGUGAUAGGAGAAACGGAAUAAUAGACUUGUCAGAGAUGCUGGGCUGGCUGUCCAUGGAAUUGUUGAUUAAAGCCAGAAUCUUCAUUGUAAUGUAUAAAAUGAGGAAAGGACUGACUGAUGUAAGGGACAAAGAGAUUAUUGAGGUAUUAGAGAGGAGGAAGGGAAGAAAUGUAGAAUUGAAAUAAAAUGAGAUUAGGGAAGUACAUAACAUGUUGUUUCUUAAGGAACUGAGAGAAUAUACGCUGUUUGGUUGCGAGAAAUGGAAGGAUUUGCAACUAGGAGCGUUUAGAAAUAGGGUAGUGCAUGAGCCAAUGACAUUGCAAAGAAAAAACUGGGGUGAUGGAGAACUACCCAUGUGCUACAGGUGGAAGGAGUUUGGAUUGUACAUAGGAGAAAGUUAGAGACUGUAUUAUAGAAAGAAAAAAUUCCUGUUCUUAUUCAUUUUGAAACAGGGACAAGAAGAUAUUAGGCAAAAAAGUCAGGGAAGGGCCCAUGGAAAGAUGCGGACAGAUGGGAUUAGCCCUUGACGACUAGUUGAAAAAAAAAAUAAAAUAAAGUAAUUCCCUCAGUCGAUCAAAGUGGAUUGAGCAAUGUCUGUUGGGUUGUAAAACACUCAAGCAUUUCCAGUCUGGUCCUGUUGAAUUGAAAUCACAUUUUUCUUUUAUUUUCUUCCACUCAGUCCUGAACAUGUUUUCUGAGUUUAAUCUUGUGCCUUUUCUUCUCUUUUUCAGAAACUUGUCCUGUAUGCUCCUGAAUCAUGUAUCACCAAGGCUUGUUCGAGCAUGCAUAAAACUUAAUGCACUCAGGGUCCCAUCGAAUAUUUGUGAUCCUUUUAGUUGCUCUAAACUGCAGAAUCAACGUUAUUCAUAAGAAUUGCAGCGAUGGCUGAUGGAAUGGACAAUGUUCAUGAUGUGAUCAAUCAUGAUAUCCAACAACUUGUCAAUGGUCUGCAACAACAGAAUGUUUUUCUCAUACAACAGAGUCUGCCAAAUGUACAUCAUCAUAUUCAAUUUUUAGAUACAUUAUUAUCGCAAUUGCCUGCAUAUGAUGAGGAACUUAUAUCUCAAACUAAGAAUUCUCUACUGCAAUUGGUCGCUGCUGCUUCUUGUUGUUUAAAUGACCUUUUACUUUCUCAUGCUGAAGAUAAAGGUGCGGCUGUAGCAGGAAUAGCUGAGUUGGACAUUGAUGUUGUCUUGCACUUAAGAAAGAGUGGCUUACCAUGGUCCAAAAUAGGGGCCAUAUUUGGACUCUCAAGGCAGUCAAUGUAUAAUUUUCGUAAAAGCAAUGGCAUUGAAGAACCAAAUAUGAAUUUAGAUGAACUAGCUUUAGAAGAUGUGUUACCAAGUAUUAUGCAGAGCUUACCCAAUGCAGGAGCUGUUAUGAUCCGAGGCGUUCUGCUAACCCACGGAUUCAAAAUAAAUGUUAAUAGAGUUAAGGAAGCCAUGAAACGAAUCGACCCUUUUGGUGUACAUCUACGAAUGAGACAAAAAAUACCUCGGAGAGUCUAUAGUGUACCACACCCUAAUUAUCUAUGGCACAUUGAUGGAACACAUAAACUCGUCAUGUUCCGAAUCGUUAUUCAUGGCUGCAUAGAUGGUUUCAGUCGCUAUAUAAUUUUUGUAGAAAGCAGCACUGACAAUGAAGCCGAAACAGUUCUACAACAGUUUCUGACUGGCGUUGAUAAUUUUGGUGUUCCUUCGAGGGUAAGAGGGGACAGCGGAGGUGAAAACUCUUCAGUUAGGCAUUUUAUGGUGACUGUGAUGGGGGAAGGCCGAGGGAGUUUUAUAAAAGGCCCAUCAGUACACAAUCAACGUAUUGAAAGAUUGUGGCGUGAUGUAAAUGAGCAAGUAAGCAAUAAUUUUAAAGAGCUGUUUUUAUUUUUAGAGAGCAAUCUUAUUCUUGAUGAAAACAACAUUCUUGAUAUUUUUUGUUUGCACUAUAUUUUUUUACCGAGAAUCAGUAACACUCUAAGGGCUUUCAGGCAUGCCUGGAAUAAGCACAGCAUGCGCACAGAGCAUGGCAGAACGCCUGAACAACUGUGGCUGGCAGGAAUGCUUAAAGAAGGAUUCGAUAUGAAAUUACACAGCGUUUGCCUAGAUAUGAGCUAUGAUCACGAAUACUGGCACAAAGUUCAUCUUAAGACUUUCAAAUUAGACUUUAAUGAAAAUAUGAUGCUUUUCAUACUGAACAUAAGUUUACAAAUCGUUCCAAAUCCACUGAUAAAUGAUUCUAAUUCAGGUGUUAGUCUUUAUGUGAAUCUCCGUUCCGCGCUGCUUAAUCAGUUAAAUCCUCAGUAGGAAGUGAAAGGAAUCAGGAAAAUUAAGAAUGCUAAUAAGUUAACUCUUUAAAAAUGCAAAUUUUCCUGAAUGGUUUUAUUACAUAUCUAUGUCAUGAAGGUAUGAUAGUCGUGCCUAAUUGUUGCCCUCUUCCAAACUAACUUCAAAAUUUAAAAAAUGCCACAAUCAAUAAAUUCAGUUUUUCUCUUUGCAUCUUGGAACCUGGGAGCUUUCCUUUCUGUUCAAUGUUCAUAUGUAAUACUGCAAACCUUGCUGAUUUAUUAAGGAAUUUCUAAUUUUAGAGUGACUGAUACUCUUUAUUUCAUUUAAAAUAGAGGAUUACCUAUUUUUUCCUAAUGUAUUACACUGAUACCUCAAAUAUUUUCCUAUAUAUUUGUAUAUUCUCAGAACUGUUUUUUUUUUUUUCUUCUUCUCUGUUUUUCAUUUCACCAAAUUUUAAUCAAUCUUAUUAUAUCUUUAUCUGUAGGUAUGCCACUAACUUUGACUGUUAAAAUUGGAUGUAAAGAAAAAUGUAAAAUCUGUUGCAACAUAUGAGUUGGAAAACCUUUUUUUGUUUUAAUUAAACAUGACAUGAAAUUUUGUUAAAAAGGAGAUAUCAUAAAAAUUUGCACGAAGUUUCAUUAAAUGCUAAAAUCAUUUGUGAAGAUGUGAAUGGAGAAUUUGCAAGGGUCUGAAAUUUGAUGAAUUUCAUGUCUAAGUGGAAUCUACUGAGCGAACUGAACACGGAGAUACCCUUCAUUCAUAAAUUGAGCAAUUAUUAGAGGAUAUAUGACAAAAUAACCGAUUCUGCUAAAUUACAUGUGUUUAAAUGGGAAAUGCUGCCAGAUGACGUCAUCAGGCGGUGCAUUUUUUCACUUUUAAAUCUAUUUUUAAAGCAUUUCCCAUGUCAGAAGAAAAUUAUAAAAAGUACUGUGAAAUCAGCUCUUUAAGCACUUUCAGAUGAAGCAAUAAAAAAUUUGCAUGCAAAUCCUCCAUUGCAAAGAUAAAUAGAAACUAUGCUAAUUACAAAACUAAAAAUGUACCUAAAUUUUCCUAAAAUUUACUCAAACUAACUGAUAAAAAACUCAUAAAAGUAUAAGGUGGCAUUUUUAUGUGAAAAAUGACUAAAUCCCAAGUAGCAUAUAUUUUUCAAAGGAAAAAUUGCGAUAUAUUGCCAUUUUAUUGGCGAUGAAAUCUUUAGGAUCAUCAACAUCUGAGCGAUCAUACUCGAUCCUAUCAAAAUCAUAUCUCCCGGCAAUUUAGCGCGAUAUUAUUAAGAUGAAAA